AUGAGAAAGGGAACUUCAUUUAUUCAGUGUGACCUCAAUUGUUCCAGAGUCAAUUUGGUUGUUUGGUUGCGCUAUAAAAAAAAAAGAUUUUCUUUUUCCUUUCUCUCUCUCUCUUCUCUUUCCCUUUCCCUCUCUCUCUCUCUUUGUUUCCCCUUCUCUCUCUCUUUCCCUUUCCCUCUCUCUCUCUUUUCCUUUCCCUCUCUCUCUCUCUUUCCCUUUCCCUUUCCCUCUCUCUCUCUCUCUCUCUUUCCCUCUCUCUCUCUCUCUCUCUUUCCCUUUCCCCUCUCUCUCUCUCUUUCCCUUUCCCUCUCUCUCUCUCUCCCUCUUUCCCUCUCUCUCUCUUCUCUCCCUCUCUCUCUCCUUUUCCUCUCUCUCUCUCCCUUUCCCUCUCUCUCUCUCUUUCCUUUCCUCUCUCUCUCUUUCCUUUCCCUCUCUCUCUUUUCCUUUUCCUCUCUCUCUCUUUCCCUUUCCCCUUUCUCUCUCUUUCCCUUUCUCUUCUCUCUCUUUCCCCUCUCUCUCUCUCUCUUUCCUUUUCCCUCCCUCUCUCUCUCUUUCCCUUUCCCCUCUCCUCUCUCUCUCUUUCCUUUCCUCCCCUCCCUCUCUCUCUUUCCUUUUUCCCUCCCCUCUCUCUCUUUCCCUUUCCCUCCUUCUUCUCUCUUUUUCCCUUUCUCCUCCCUCUCUCUUUCCUUUCCUCUCUCUCUCUCUCUUUCCCUUUCCCCCUCUCUCUUUCCUUUCCCUCCCUCUCUCCCUCUCUCUUUCCCUUUCCUCUCUUUCCCUUUCCCUCUCUUUCCCUUUCCCUCUCUUUCCCUUUCCCUCUCUUUCCCUUUUUCCUUCUCUCUUUCCUUUCCCCUCUUUCCUUCUCUCUCUGUCCAUAUCUUUUUUCACUCGGUAACUUUCCAUUUCUACUUCACAGCCUUCCACCCCCACCUUCUCUCUCUCUUUGCCUCUCUCCCUUUCUUUCUCUCUUCACAGGUUUCCUUUCCAUUUAAUUCUUCUUUCUCUUCAACUCAUUUCAUACUCAUUCCUUUUUUCUCUCCAUUUUCUCUCUCUCUCCUCCUCAUGCCAACCCCCUCCCUCCCUCUCUCUCCUCUCUCUCUCUCCUCCUCAUGCCACCCCCUCCCUCCCUCCUCCUCCUCAUGCCAACCCCUCCCCUUUUCCUCCUCCUCAUGCCAACCCCUCCCUCCUCCUCCUCCUCCUGCCAACCCCUCCCUCCUCCUCCUCCACAUGCCAACCCCUCCCUCCUCCUCCUCCUCAUGCCAACCCCCUCCCUCUCUCCUCCUCCUCCUCCUCCUGCCAACCCCUCCCUCUCCUCCUCCUCCUCCUAACCCCCUCCCUCCCCCUCCCUCCUCCUCAUGCCAAACCCCUCCCUCCCUCCCUCUCUCCUGUUCACGCCGAGAGACCAUCCAUCUCUCCUUCUCACGGCGAGACCGUCCCUCUCUCCUCCUCCCUUCCUACUCCUCAUUGUUUACUUUUUUUCAUGUUUCUCUUUUUCUUCACUAUUUUUCUCUCCCACUUAGAAAACUCUUUGUUCUUGCUUACAACUUGAGAGAUACAGCAGCCAAAUCGCCCCCCCCCACCACUUUUGGCCAAAGAUCCAUAAGUUUUUUCUCCCUCUUUCGUCGGUUUUCUCUCACUUCUAUCUGUACACUGAUCUCUUAUCUGUCUCUGUUUUUUCUAUCACUUUUUCCUGAUCUACUCCUCUCUCUCUCUCUCAUCUGUUUAAAUCUAUGUGUUUGUGUCUUGAUUCAUUUGUUCGUCUCUAUCUUUUUCAGUCAUGGCUAUCAUGGGCACAUAUUUCAUCAAAAGAACUUUUCUUUAUUCUUUUUUUUUUUCUUUCUCUCCAUUUUUCUGCAUUUUUUUCUUCUUUCUCUGCGUUUUUUCUUUCUCUUUUCUCCUUUUUUAUUCUUUCACUAUCCCUCUCUCUCUUUUUUAAAAUCUUUUCACUAUCCUCUCUUUUCCUCUCUCUUCCUCUCUUUCCUCUCUCCCUCUCUCUCCCUCUCCCCCCUCUCUCUUCCCCUCUCCUCCUCUCUCUUCUCCCCCUCUCUUCCUCUCUCUUCUCCCCUCUCUUCCUCUCUCUUCUCCCCUCUCUUCCUCUCUCUUCUCCCCUCUCUUCCUCUCUCUUCUCCCCUCUCUUCCUCUCUCUUUCUCCCUCUCUCUCUUUCUCCCUCUCUCUCUUUCUCCCUCUCUUUCUCCCUCUCUCUCUUUCUCCCUCUCUCUCUUUCUCCCUCUCUCUCUUUCUCCCUCUCUUUCUCCCUCUCUCUCUCUCUCUCUUUCUCCUCUCUCUCUUUCUUUCUCUCUCUUUAA